CUGACACUGGAUCGUAGCCGUACAUACGCAAUAUGAAUUUUUUAUUAAAAUAAAAGAAGUACUUAAAUGGGAAUACAAAUUUUGUAUAAAUGGACGUAUAAGUAAUUUCUGCCCAACAUUCAUUUAACAAGACUAUUUUGCCCAAAACUGAUUUUCCAGAGAAACGUUAAAUGUAGCCAAGUCUAAGCAAGCAGAUCCUUUGCAAAUUUCCAGAAUUCAAGUGAUAUAUAAAUAUUUUAUGCCGCACAUAAAUAUCAUCAAAUACCUAAAUAAACUGUCUAUGGGUGGACGUACUACUUUGUAUAAUAACUUCUACACACUUAUCGGCCCACAUACAUAAAUACAUUAUAUCCGUUUUCUCAGUUUAAGGCGAGUUGACAUCUGCUCCAACGCUGCUCACAGAAAGCAUUAAGCAAACAAAAGCAAAGCAGAAAAAGCCAGAAAGGAAAACAAUGUCAAACACAAAAAAAAAUCCAUAUAUUUAGUAUAGGGUAAGCAAAAAAAAUUCAUAUCAAAACAAAUACACAAAAACAUGAAAUUGUUGCCGGUUAAUGUUCAUUGGUUGGAAUGUGUGUAAACGCGCGCUAAGCGGGAAAAAAGUGGCGCGACAAAAACCGUAAAAGUAUUUAAGUCUGCAAUGGAUUUAUGCUGAUUGCACGGGAUUACUGCGUAAAUUGGAAAGGAUUCAACAUGAAUUCCAUUCAAUUCUUUAUCGCCGCACUUUUGGCAACUAUCGACAUACACAUGAAUCAGGCGCUCUACCUCUCAAACCUCUCCGUCCCGCGAAUAAUCGAUGCCGCACAAAGAGCCAAAUUAUUUUGCAGUUAUGAAAUGGGUAAUCGCACACUCAAUUCAGUUAAAUGGUACAAAGACGGACAAGAGUUUUUCAGAUACUCACCGUUGACUCCGCCGACUACAAAUUGGUUUCCCGUCAAAGGUGUCACCAUAGCUGAUGGCUCAUCGCACUGCAAUCAAUUCAUCUGCAAUGUCGAACUGGAGAAACUCAAUGUCCAUUCGUCCGGUUCAUAUCGUUGCGAGGUAUCCGGUGAUGCGCCCGAAUUUAAAUUGAUCGAUAAAACAGCCAAUAUGACAGUGGGUGUUUUACCCAAAUUCGAUCCGUUCAUCAGCGGCAUUGUGCAUCCGUACCGAUAUGGGGAUUUUCUGGCAGUUAACUGCAGUUCAGAGUGGUCAAAUCCCGCCGCAACACUUACGUGGUACAUCAACAACAAAACGGCACCACUUAACAGCCUACAGCCGCAAGUCAAUGAAAUCACACGCAACACAGCCGGUUUCAUGCUAUAUGCCAGCUCAUUGCAGCUCCGUGUACACAUCGAUGACCCACGUUUCAUAUCAAAAAGUGAAAUUCUUGAAUUGAGAUGCGUGGCGGAUAUUAUGGGCAUGUCGAAUGUGCGACGUGAAAGUAAGGUGCGCGCAACAAUUUUGGCGCUACGUGAUGCAGGACACAAACAACGACUAUUAGGGCAAAGCAAUGAUGGUGAGACGAAAUCUGGAAGUAGUAGUUGUGAGAGUGAAGGCUUUUUGCACUACUACAUUUUCUGGCUAUGUUUCCUAUUGUUUUUGAGUUGGCCACUGCAGCUGCGACGAUCCGACUGUCAUUGGAGUUAGCUACUUACAAAGGCGACAGUGGAACCGUGCCAACCUAGAGCAUAGAUGUAACUUAGUAAAUUUAUGGCUUUUAAAAAAUCUAGAAAAAUCAGUGCAAAAACAAUGGCAUACGAACGUACAUACAUACAUAUUCGCACAGCAUUUAAAUGACAUUGCAUGAGUAAAAAUAAAUAAAAUAAAUAAAAAUGCAGAAGAAAACCUACAUACAUACAUUGAUGAAAACAAACAUUGAUGGAAACAAAAUACUCGCACAGAAUUUAAAUACAUUAAGGCUUAGUGGCACCAUAAUGAACGCAUGAAAAUAGCUCCACAUACAUAUAUCACUCUUUCACACGCACACACACACACACACACACACACAUACCUAUUCAGAUAAAAAGUAAAUCACUACAAAUGUUGACUGAAAACUGGAAGUAUUCAAAAGAAACUUGAAGCAGAAAUUUAAAAGAUAAAUCCAUAGCUUCGAUAAAGAACAAAAACACAAAACUCAUUACAUAGGACAUAAGCCAAAGAUAAAUGAAAUGUUUUAGUCUGUAAAAUGGGCAAACUACAUACUUAGCAUCGGUAAGACAAUAGGCCAUAAAAACAAAAAACUUAAAUUUAAAAGUUUAACACUGUAUGCGCAUUCCUUAAAUGUAGUAGACUACUAAAACAGAUCGGCUCUAACUAAAGCUCCAGCAUGCAGAGAGUAAGCUCCUGCUUCAUUCUUUUCAAGUGACUUUUUUUUUUUAAUUCGUAUUUCGCUCAGGAACUUUCUCUCUGCGCGCAUAAACGAGAUAUUUUGUAAAUAGUUAUGACUAAGUGCUUAUUGUUUAAUUUCCAUAUGACUAAAUAUGAGAGGGUUAAAUUUGUUUUAAAUGUUAAUUAUGUAUUUAUGCCUCAAACGAUUAGUUAAGUCAUUUAUCGAUAUAGU